GUGAUUCUUCGGCUUUUCAUUUUCAAGGUAAAGGAACUCCUGAAGUAGAAUUAUUUUCGAGAAGACUGAUUAAAGCAUCGCAAAAUGUUACGCGCUCAGCUGCAAGUAACUCUGCGUCUUAUCGUUUUGUGUGGUAUGAUACUCUCGUACGUGACGAUCAAAGCUGCAGGGUUGGACCCUCUAUUCAACCCAACAAUAAUCGCAAAAUUGAAAACAGCAUCAUCAGUACCUGAACCACGGUCUGCGCAAAAUCCCAGACUGAUAAUCCUAUCACAUCAUAUCAGACGCACAUCGUCGAAGGAAAUGCCGAAAAAGACUUACACAGUGGCUAGCAAAGUGAAAAUAGAGGACAGCGGGAAAAUAUCCCUCACUUUCUCAGGAGAUGCCAACUACCGUUGGAAAACUCAAUUCGGGUGGAUGAAACUUAUCUUACAAUUCUUAUGUCCAAAGUGCUGGGAAUAAUCUCUCAAUACAUUCUCCGCAAGAGACUUUGUAAAUCAGAACGAGCGUAUUCUAAAAUAACACAGUUAAUUCUGGUGCAAAUGAAAUGGAAGGAAAUUAUCUGAUAAGACGUGACGUUAAAAAACCGUCGUUUUUUCACUCGAAAAAAAGAAUCAUCGACAACGAGGAGACCGAAUUUAACAGAGGCUCACUAAGUCACAAUAAAUUUGAACCAAUAAAAAGAGGUUCGAGGUUUUCCCUUCACA